AUGGUAAAUCCAGCCAAAGCAAACCAACGUGAAAAAGAAAUCGACGUGGCAAGAUGCAAAGGCGCCUGGGAUGCGAUACCAGAGCUGGCGAGGAAAUUCAGAAAGCAUAGUGCGGCAGGAAUAGUGCUUGAACAAACGGCGUUGGCAGAGUAUACAUUGGUGAAAGCGAUUGAAAAGACGGAAAAAGAAAAGGGUUUCGGAGAAGAAUCUUAUGAUAAUGAUACUCCUGAUAAUAUUACGUUACCUCCGACUGUUGAUGAAUCGUUGGUUAAAGAUGUAUUCACAAAAUUAGAGGUCGCGUUAUCCCAGGCUUCAGGACAAGAGAGAGAGUGUAUCGAAACUUUGGAUACAGAAUUUGUACCACAGAAUUUGCCAUCAGGAUAUAAUUUCGUGCUAAUUAUUCAAGGCUUAACUAUUGGAGGGAUGGCCAGGGAAGCGCUUGAAGAUAAUGAUGGAGCUAUUGCGUGCUACGAUCAGAUAGUCAUUCUUUUGGCUCAAAAAUCAGGCGAAAAAGCAGAGCAGUUAAUAUACUGGUCUGAGGAAGCUUUAUAUAGAGCGUCAUUAUUGAAAGUGCGACUAGGGGCUGGUGAAUCUAAUUGGAGGGUUUUGGAGUUUGUUGACCAAGUUAUGUCAGAUUGGGAAUUAUUAAACAGAGGCACUGCAUCAGAAAUGAAAGGGCUUACUGACAUGCUUUAUCGUGCCACACAAAAAACAUUUCAAUCUCCCAAGAUUUUACGACAUCUUCUAAAUACCCUGAUUACUCUCGGUGAUUAUGAGGAAGCCGAAUUAGCGAUAAAUGCUUAUGUUUCGAUAGUUGAGAAGGGCCGAGAAACAAGAAAAGAUGUGAUUGAAGAUGCUUCAACCCCCUUGAAUAAAUAUACCAUUGAAAGCACAGAAAAUAUCGUACAAUCUUUGAUUAGUGGAUCCGAAUUGAUGGCCAAGCAUUUGAACAAGUCUAAAGAAGCUUUAGAACUUGCGCAAAAGGCGGUUGCCUGGUGUGAGAACGGAGACAGUGAUGUCGAUAACGAAUUAUUAGCGCAAGCGUGGCGUUAUGUGGGUGUCGGGUAUAGUUUAGUGGCUCGAGAAGAGAGAGACCCAGACCGUCGUCCAGAUUUACAUGCAAGUGCUGUCGAUGCAUUCACAAAAUCAAGUUCAUUUGAUUCUAACGCAUUUGAGACUCACUAUUCAUUAGCGUUAGAACAUGCCAUUACUCGAGACAUUGGUCAGGCAAGUACUAGCGUGCGCCAGGCCCUUGUACUUGAUAGCACUAGUAUUCCAUGUUGGCAUCUGUUGGUUCUCUUGAUGUCUUCGCAGAAAGAUAUUAAAGGAGCAUUGAAAGCGUGUGAAGUUGGAGCAAACGAAUCAGAUUGGGAAACGGCAGACUCUUCUGUAGACUAUAGCACAUUGACUGCUAUUGGUAUUGAUGACGGAGAAGAAUUCAUAGCCUUUAAGUUAACCCAGAAUACUUUGCAAGAGUUAUUAUAUGGAUCUGAUGUGGCAAUUCAAAAUUCUGAUAAAUUAUUCGCAUUAUAUACGAAAGUUUUUCCCGAUUAUGGGCCGGGUUCACCAAGUGACUCAAUACACGAUACGCUUAGUUCGCGAAAAAAUUAUGUCUAUGAGGAAGCACUAACACCAACAAAUCCAAAAGUUAACAUGAGUACAACCAGUGUACGUAGUUCUUCUAGUGUCGCAGAAAAGAAAGAGGGAAACAACAGCGCAGAAGGGUCAAUAUCUGGCCUUUAUAUUGGUAACAAGGAUACAUUGGACGUUCCAAAGGCAAAUUAUGCACCCUCAAUUGCUUCGUCUAGGAACUCGGCAUCAUCUCGACGCAGCCCUACGCCUACUAUUGCUGGUCUUUCCUCUUCAAAAUCUAUAAUGUCAUCAGUGCAACAGACGCAUCAAAUGCAUCAAACCUUAAAAACUAAGCUGAGGCGUCAACGUGCAGCAAAGGCAUUGUCAGACUUAUGGCUUUUUUCUGCAUCAGCUUUUCGUCGCCUUGGAAAUUUAGAAGAAGCUCAGAAGGCUAUCGAAAGUGCAGAAGAUGCUGAUUGCUCUAAUCCGGAUGUUUGGUGUCAGUUCGGUAUCCUCCUUUUCUUACAAGGACAAUCUUCCGAUGCCAUUACUUCAUUUCAUAAGGCUCUUGCAAUCGACGAUCAACAUGUUCCUACUUUAGUUCACUUGGCUAGAACUUAUCUGGAAAAUGAUAAUAUCGAAAUGGCCGAAAGCCUUCUUGAAGAUGUCACAAAAAGUAACGGUUGGGAUUGUGCAGAAGCAUGGUUACACCUUGGUAAAAUAUUUCAAGUUACCAACAGAAUAAAAAGAUCUAAAGAUUGUCUGUGGUAUGCCUUAGACUUGGAGGAAACAAAUCCUAUUAGGCCAUUUAGUGUUUUACCUGUAUGCCUUUGA